AUGAAGUAUCUUGCUGCUUACUUACUCUUAGUCAAUGCUGGUAAAACCGCACCAUCUGCUGCAGAUGUUACCUCUGUCUUAUCAUCUGUCGGUAUCGAAGUUGAAUCCGACAAGUUAGACAAGUUAAUCUCCGAAUUAGAAGGUAAGUCCGUCGAAGAGUUGAUUGCUGAAGGUACUGAAAAGAUGGCUUCUGCUCCAGGUGCAGCAGCUGCUCCAGCUUCUGGUGCAGGUGCUUCCACCGAAUCUGCUGCAGCAGAAGAAGUUGAAGAAGAAAAGGAAGAAUCCGAUGAUGACAUGGGUUUCGGUUUAUUCGAUUAG